AUGGACGGUAUCGAGGAGCUGCGCAACGUGUUGGUCAUUGCGGCUACGAACAAACCCGACGUGCUCGACCCUGCGUUGAUGCGGCCCGGCCGAUUGGACAACAUCCUCUACAUUGGCCCGCCCGACUUUGAGGCUCGCCAGGAGAUAUUCCGGAUCUGGACCAGCCAGUCUGUCCUUCACCCGGAGGUGGACCUCGAAGACCUGGCCGCUCGAACCGAAGGCUACUCCGGUGCUGAGAUUGUGAGCAUCUGUGAAACGGCGGGUGACGCGGCCCUGGACGAGGAAGAGGAGACCGGGCAGCAGCAAGAGGUGUGCCAGAAGCACUUUGACUACGCAUUGGGACAGGUGCGACGGCAGAUCACGGCCGUGGUGGUCGAGGAGUAUGAACGAUGGCGACAGGGCAUCGAUCAAUAG